CGCGAUUAAUGAAGCAUCGAAUUCUAGCAGCUCUUCAUCAUUGGAUCCCAUCUUAAUUGCAGGGUCGAUAUAGCCUCAACCCCUGCUCUCAAACCCAGGAGCAUGGAUUGUUUAUAAACAACGUUGCGCUGCAAGAAUUGAUUUCGGGGAAUCAUGAAUACCUAAUGGCGGGACAAACUCAUCAUCGCCAUCAUGUCACAACCCAAUGCGAACGAUAACUGGCCCCCAAAAUCUCCCCAUGAUGUCCUUUUGAGUACCCCUCGAGGUCGUGACCGACUUCGACGUCUAGCAGAACGCGCCUCUCCUUCACCAUCCCCGACCAAGCGAUUAACAUCAGCCUCUGCCGUUCGAAACAGGGCCCAAACACUGCCGAAAGAAGAUAUGGAAUUGGAAGAGUUGGCGGAGGACGAUGAUGAAGAAACCCUACAGUUGAAACUCCAGGAGAUACAAGCGCGAUUGAAGCUCAAGGCGCUGCAAAAGAAGGCGAAGCAGAGCUCGGACACGGAGACUGAUGUUAGUCGGGCGGGCUCUGCACCUCUCGCGAGAUCGAAUUCGGUGGCCGCAAACCGUGCACAGUCGAGGAUAUCAGAAUUACGGGAGGAGCGGUUACGGAGAUCGAAAUCACAAUCAAGCGUGCAUGUUCCUGUGUCUCCCGUACGACGAGCGCAGCCGGCUGAGCUUCCUCGGUCCCCGCAACGAGUGCUGCUGGGGAUAGAUAAAGGCAUGAAGGCUAGCGAGGUUUCAUUAAAGAGAGCUCCCAGUUUGAGAAGAACCCAAGAUGCAGACUUCCAAGAUGUAAGGCGCGCUGGGCCAUUUCUGCAGAGACCUGCUUCUCAGAUCAGUUCCCGCGCCUCUGGAACAACUUCUAGCUCAGGGGAAGAUCGACCCAAAACAUUCAGUGAGAGGAUGGCGGCCAUCAGGGCUCAAGAAACCGAACGAAAGGAGAAAGAACUACGGAUCCAGAAGAGCAGAAGUAUGGCUUUUGAUAUUGAUCAUGAGCAGAUGCGCAAAUUUAAAGAAACUGCGGUCGAAUUACCGCCCGCUUCUCGAGAAGCACCCGAAUUCAGCAGAGAUGAAGUCUUGAAUUCAUACAGUAACCCCAGCAGUUUUUCGCGCAGUAAAACUGCCCCGAGCUUGCGCUCGGCGAUGAGGAGUACGAGCAACGGUACAGAUACAUCCGUUACAGAUACGACAACCGCCUCGAGUGGUGCUCCUGUGAAAAAACAGUCUAAGAAAAAGACGCCACCAGCCGAUGUCAGCGAAUCCGAAGCCUCUCAAUUUGAGCCAUAUUCAUCUAUCCAUCUAUCCAAGAGGAUUGUUCCGCACAAGGAGCUCACUCGCAUACUCACUGGAAAGAAGACCUUCGUCAUACCGGACCUGCUAAAAACGGUCAAGGCUCCGGACUUCUCUGGACCAGAUAUAGAAGAGGACGUCGUAGUAUUUGCAAUCGUUGCCGCGAAAUCCCAGCCCCUGUCACAUCGGCAGGACCCAAAGAACGCAAAUCGCGGCAAAUACAUGAUCUUGGACUUGACAGAUCUCAAAUGGGAGCUGAAUCUGUUUUUGUUCGACUCGGCCUUUGAGAAGUUUUGGAAGCUUACACCAGGCACUAUUAUAGCAAUUUUAAAUCCUGGGUUUAUGCCUCCGCCGCGAGGGCAAGCAGACACUGGAAAGUUCAGCCUGGUGUUGAAUUCCGACGCCGACACGAUCCUGGAGAUUGGCACGGCGAGAGACUUGGGGUUUUGCAAAAGCGUCAAGAAAGACGGGACUACUUGCAAUAGCUGGGUCAACAAAAAACAUACGGAAUUUUGUGAUUUCCACGUUAACCUCAGCUUGAAGAAGACCCAUUCAAACCGAAUGGAAGUCAAUACCAUGAACUAUGGGAAAGGUCUCGGUCUCUCAUACGGUGCCCGCAAGUACAACAGUAAGGAUAUGACGGGGUUCGCAGAACGACGGCAGAAAACAGCGCAAGAGAAGAGGACCAGAUACGAUCAAGAGAGCCACUCGCAGAUAUACAUCGGGAACCGAACGACGGCGAGCCUGCUUGACGACCCGGACUACGACCCUGACGCAUUCCAUCGCUCGACCAAAGAGGAGCGCAUCACGCGACGUCUUCUGGAACAGGAGAAGGAACGAGAGCUCGCGAGGAAGCUAGGAGCUUUGGGCGGUGGUCUCGGCGCAGAUUACCUCCGUAAAAAAGGCUCCUCCUCAUCACAGCCGGAGCCGGGGAGUAGUAGCAAUAGCAAUAGCAACACCGAUGUAGCGCAAGAGCAAGCAGCACAAGCACAAGCACAAGCACCACCACCACCACCUGACGCCGCGGCGUUGGGGCUGCUCAGCGGCAAGGCGAAAGACGUACAGCUAAGUCCCAUCAAGCGGAAGAGAGUCAACACGCCAUCAUCUAGCAGCGGCAGCGCGGCAGUUGGUUGGGGAGGAAACCUCACUAAAGAACUAGGAAGGAUGAGGGAUGGAGAAAGUUUCCAACCCGUGCGGAAGAAGACGCGCUUCGUCACGGCGAAAGGGAUUCGCGAAGCUGGCAGGGAGAGUUUUGGGGGGGACGCGGUUAUAUCAACUGCGGUCACUAACGUCGUUAAUAAUAAUGACGACGAUGACGAUGAUGAUGAUGAUCUUGAUAUUGUAAGGGAAUGA